AUGCCUUCAGGAACACCUUGCUAUUAUUCUUCAGCUCUUUAUUUUGACAGAAGUGUCUUUUGUUUCGGAGGAUCAAAUGGUAAUCAUUUGGCUUUAUCAGAGAGAUUUGACUUUAAUCAAAAUUGCUGAAUUAAAUUAGCUGCCCUGCCAAAAGCUGAUAUUAAAUGCCACUGCAUUAUACUUAAUGGCAACAUUUUAAUUGCUGGGUAG